UAUGAUUCAUUAGCAUUUAUCCUCUCAACACAUGAGAUUCUUUGAUGAUAGUAAAUACUUUGGGUUUGAUGAUGGCACUUAUAGAUAUCCUAUGUGCCCAAUGUAUCCUGAUUGGGACAAAGAUCUAGAAACAUAUCGCCAUGAUUUUAGUAAAGAUACUCGAAGUGAGUUUGAGAAAAACAUAGACAAGUUUAUAUUUACCAAUGACCCAACUAAAAAUGCCCAAAAAAUUGCUAUAACAGUUGGAGUAAUUGUAACUUUUUUAUCUGUUUACCAGGGAAAAGUUCAUAUAAUGAAACGACCACCUUUUUCAGGUAUUCAAACCUAUUUUCUAUCAUGUGGAGUUGCAGCAUUAGCAGGAUGGUAUGCCCCUAAACGUUAUUAUUACAAUAAAAAUAAGAGAAGAAUGAUGAUAUUAUGGUAUAUGAGAAAUCAUAGAGAUCAAUGGCCUCCUGAAAGACCAAGAAAAACUUAUGGAGAAGUUAUAACACCAUGGUUUCCUAUCAGAAAUUUAUAAAAAAAAAUUCUGUUUCUCAAACAAAAUGCAUUUGUUUUAAGAUAUAAGAAUUUUUCAAAAUUUUACAGCCAUUUUGAUUAAAUUUUUGUAAUGCUUUUCUAUAUUCAUAAAUAAAACAAACUAUA